CGUCAAGAUGGCGGCGGGGAGGUAGGCAGAGCCGGACGCAGCAGCCGACGCCGCCGCCUCCGCUCCUGCAGCCUCGCCGCCCCCGAGCUCUCCCCGCCUCCGCGACGCCGCCGGCUCGCCAGACCCUGAAAAGAAGAUGGUGGAGCCAGGACAAGACUUGUUGCUUGCUGCUUUGAGUGAAAGUGGAAUUAGUCCAAAUGAUCUUUUUGAUAUUGAUAGUGGAGACCCAGGCCUUGCAGCUCCAACGCCUACUCCACCUGUUCAGUCAGUGCCAUUUAGUGCAUUAGAACUAGGCUUGGACACUGAGGCAACAGUUCCUGUUAAGCAAGAACCAGAGACUGUAUCUACUCCAGCACUAUUAAAUGUUAGGCCACAACCACCAUCUACUACAACUUUUGUGCUGAAUCAAAUAAAUCAGCUUCCAACUUUGGGAACCACGAUUGUGAUGACAAAAACCACACCCGUAACAACUACGAGACAAACCAUAACUUUAACAAAAAUUAUCCAGACUAGCACAAAUACACGGCCUUCGGUUUCAGCACCAGCAGUCCGUAAUGCCUUGACCACCACACCUUCGAAGGACCAGAUCCAGCUGAAAGAUCUGCUGAAAAAUAAUAGUCUUAAUGAACUCAUGAAACUGAAGCCACCUGCUAACAUUGCUCAACCAGUGGCAACAGCAGCCACUGAUGUCAGCAAUGGAACAGUCAAAAAAGAAGCUUCUAAUAAAGAAGUCGCACGAAUAUGGAUAAAUGACAUCAAAAUGAGAAGCUUUUCACCCACUAUGAAAGUACCAGUGGUUAAAGAUGAAGAAGAACCAGAGGAGGAAGAUGAAGAAGAAAUGGGCCAUGCAGAAACCUAUGCAGAGUACAUGCCAAUAAAAUUAAAAAUUGGCCUCAGGCAUCCUGAUGCUGUAGUAGAAACCAGCUCUUUAUCCAGUGUCACACCCCCUGAUGUUUGGUAUAAAACGUCUAUAUCUGAAGAAAGCAUUGAUAAUGGUUGGUUAUCAGCAUUACAACUUGAAGCUAUCACAUAUGCAGCCCAGCAACAUGAAACAUUUCUACCUAAUGGAGAUCGAGCUGGAUUCUUGAUAGGUGAUGGUGCAGGUGUAGGAAAAGGGAGAACUAUAGCUGGAAUAAUUUAUGAGAAUUACCUGUUGAGUAGAAAAAGAGCAUUAUGGUUUAGCGUAUCAAAUGAUUUAAAAUAUGAUGCUGAAAGAGAUUUGAGGGACAUUGGAGCAAAAAACAUUUCGGUUCAUUCAUUAAACAAGUUUAAAUAUGGAAAAAUUUCUUCCAAACAUAAUGGGAGUGUAAAAAAGGGCGUUAUUUUUGCUACCUAUUCUUCUCUCAUUGGUGAAAGUCAAUCCGGUGGUAAAUACAAAACUAGAUUAAAGCAGCUUCUGCAUUGGUGCAGUGAUGACUUCGAUGGAGUGAUAGUAUUUGAUGAAUGCCACAAAGCUAAGAACUUAUGUCCUGUUGGUUCUUCAAAGCCUACCAAGACAGGCUUAGCUGUACUAGAACUACAGAACAAACUGCCACGAGCAAGAGUGGUUUAUGCCAGUGCCACAGGUGCUUCUGAACCAAGGAACAUGGCUUACAUGAACCGUCUUGGAAUAUGGGGGGAAGGAACCCCAUUUAGAGAAUUCAGUGAUUUCAUUCAAGCUGUAGAACGAAGAGGUGUUGGUGCCAUGGAAAUAGUUGCUAUGGAUAUGAAGCUGAGAGGCAUGUACAUCGCCAGGCAGUUGAGUUUUACUGGUGUGACCUUCAAAAUUGAAGAAGUUCUCCUUUCUCAGAGCUAUGUUAGAAUGUAUAAUAAAGCAGUAAAAUUGUGGGUAAAUGCUAGAGAGAGAUUUCAGCAAGCUGCUGAUCUUAUAGAUGCAGAGCAACGAAUGAAGAAAUCUAUGUGGGGCCAGUUCUGGUCUGCUCAUCAGAGGUUUUUCAAGUACCUGUGUAUAGCAUCCAAAGUUAAGAGAGUUGUGCAGCUGGCUCGAGAAGAAAUCAAGAAUGGAAAAUGUGUUGUCAUUGGUCUGCAAUCGACAGGGGAAGCUCGAACUUUAGAAGCCUUGGAAGAGGGUGGAGGAGAAUUAAAUGACUUUGUGUCAACAGCCAAAGGGGUAUUACAGUCGCUCAUUGAAAAACACUUUCCAGCUCCAGACAGAAAAAAACUCUUUAGUUUGCUCGGAAUUGAUUUAACUGCUCAGAGUAACAACAGCUCACCCAGAGAUAGUCCUUGUAAAGAGAAUAAAAUAAAGAAGCGGAAAGGGGAAGAAAUUAGCAGAGAGGCCAAAAAAGCCCGGAAAGUUGGUGGCCUUACUGGGAGCAGUUCUGACGAUAGUGGAAGUGAAUCCGAUGCCUCUGAUAAUGAGGAAACUGAUUACGAGAGCUCGAAAAAUAUGAGUUCUGGAGAUGAUGAUGAUUUUAAUCCAUUUCGGGACGAAUCUAGUGAAGAUGAUGAAGAUGAUCCUUGGUUAAUCAGAAAAGACCACAAGAAAAGCAAAGAGAAAAAAAAGAAAAAAAGUAUUGAUCCAGAUUCUAUUCAAAGUGCCUUAUUAGCGUCAGGUCUGGGAUCAAAACGGCCAAGUUUUUCUUCUACAUCUCUUGUCACUACUCCUAAUAAUACACAAGCUAAUAGUAAUAGUAAUAGCAACAGCCUUGUAACAAGUCAGGAUGCUGUUGAAAGAGCCCAGCAGAUGAAGAAAGAUUUGUUGGACAAAUUGGAAAAACUAGCUGAAGAUCUUCCUCCUAAUACACUGGAUGAGCUUAUUGAUGAACUGGGGGGCCCGGAGAAUGUGGCGGAGAUGACUGGCCGAAAGGGGAGAGUAGUGAGCAACGAUGAUGGAAGCAUAUCUUACGAGUCGAGGUCUGAAGCUGAUGUGCCUGUGGAAAUUCUAAACAUCACAGAAAAGCAAAGGUUCAUGGAUGGGAAUAAGAAUAUUGCCAUUAUCUCAGAAGCUGCCAGCUCAGGUAUUUCAUUACAAGCAGAUCGUCGAGCUAAAAAUCAGAGGCGAAGAGUACAUAUGACUUUGGAAUUGCCUUGGAGUGCUGAUAGAGCAAUUCAGCAGUUUGGAAGAACUCAUAGAUCAAACCAAGUUACUGCACCAGAAUAUGUAUUUUUAAUUUCUGAAUUGGCUGGAGAGCAAAGAUUUGCAUCCAUAGUUGCUAAAAGACUGGAGAGUUUGGGGGCGCUCACACAUGGUGACCGCAGAGCAACGGAAUCUAGAGAUUUGAGCAGGUUCAACUUUGAUAACAAGUAUGGUAGAAAUGCCUUGGAAAUUGUUAUGAAAUCCAUUGUGAACCUAGAUUCACCGAUGGUAUCACCACCUCCCGAUUAUCCAGGAGAAUUCUUCAAAGAUGUCCGACAAGGAUUAAUUGGUGUGGGCCUUAUAAAUGUGGAAGACCGAUCUGGAAUUUUGACUCUUGAUAAAGAUUACAAUAACAUAGGAAAAUUCCUAAAUCGUAUUUUGGGUAUGGAGGUCCACCAGCAGAAUGCCUUGUUUCAGUAUUUUUCAGACACACUUAAUGCAGUCAUACAAAAUGCCAAAAAGAAUGGUAGAUACGAUAUGGGUAUUUUAGAUCUUGGUUCUGGAGAUGAGAAGGUGAGGAAAACAGAUGCUAAGAAAUUUCUAACCCCAGGAUAUUCAACCUCAGGACACGUUGAACUAUACACAAUUAGUGUAGAGAGAGGAAUGUCUUGGGAAGAAGCAACCAAGAUUUGGGCCGAACAAACAGGACCAGAUGAUGGCUUUUAUUUAUCGUUGCAAAUAAGAAAUAAUAAGAAAACGGCCAUCUUGGUGAAAGAAGUGAACCCCAAAAAGAAGCUUUUCUUAGUUUAUAGACCAAAUACCGGGAAGCAGCUUAAAUUAGAGACUUUGGCUGAUUUGAAAAAGAAGUAUAAGAAGGUAGCUUCAGAUGAUGCCCUGGCCCACUGGCUAGAUCAGUAUAAUUCAUCUGCAGAUACAUGUACUCAUGCAUAUUGGAGAGGCAAUUGCAAAAAGGCAAGCUUGGGAUUAAUUUGUGAAAUAGGUCUUCGAUGCCGCACCUAUUAUGUUUUAUGUGGUUCAGUAUUGAGUGUUUGGACAAAAGUUGAGGGAGUUCUAGCAUCUGUCAGUGGCACAAAUGUGAAGAUGCAGAUAGUUCGGCUACGAACAGAAGAUGGACAGCGGAUUGUGGGUUUGAUCAUUCCUGCAAAUUGUGUCUCUCCCCUUGUAAAUCUUCUGUCAACGUCAGACCAGUCCCAGCAGCUCGCAGUCCAGCAGAAGCAGAUAUGGCAGCAGCAUCACCCACAGAGCAUCACCAAUUUGAACAACUUGUAAAAGGAUAGACUGCAGGUUUUGACAUGGGUGUUUCUGGAAAAGCUAUCCAAGCAUAUCAUUUGCAUAAAAAUCAGGGACAGAUUCCAAAGAAUUUUUUCAGUUGCGCUCUCUCUGGUAAUAUUUUGGGAACGAGGAGGUACCUGGAAAAGAUGGCCAAACUGAGACUCAGCGAUGCUGACGGUGGUGCAAAUGUCCUUCCCUACGUAGGCUUUUCCUCUAGUACUUAACUUCCCAUUUGCUUUGACUUUGGGCAAGCAGGGGUAUCUUUUUUUUUUAAUUCAUGAGCUUUUUUUGUUUGUUUUUAUUUCUUAAACUAAGACCACAAUUUGUACAAAAAUGUGUGGAAUUUCCCAAACUGGCUUUACCUUGAUUUUGUCCUUCAGCGCUCAGGGUUUAUGCAAGACAUCCAUGCAGUGGCUGGGCAAGACCUCCCAGGAUGCAUGUCUUUGAGUCUAUAAAUAGAGAAAAUCUAUAUUGAUUUUUCUUUUCAACAUGUAAAAACAGGUUUAGAACCAAGCAUGAAAUAGAAAUGGUUGCACAUCAUGCAUUCGGGUUCUUUCCCAGUUUUUGUUCUGACAGUGCAUGUCUUUGAAAGUAAACCAUGAGUAAGAUCCCACCAGAAUUGGGGAGUGGAGAGGGAGGCAACUAUGGACAGCUAUGCUCAGUGCGUCUUUAUAGGGUUUCUACCCAAAUGUUGCUUUUCUCCCCUCCUUCUCUGAGGCAGUAAGUCCACCACACGUAUGCCCUUUUUUUGUGAUAAAAUUCUUAAAUUAAAAAUUAGUUCAUUUUAAUGUAUUAAUAAUAUUCCUAAUGUGCUGCAAAAAACGGCUCAAAGCCUGUUUUUCUCAAGAUGGCAUUUUUUUCCUUAAUUGGAGAUGGUUAUGGAAACUAAGUGCAAAUUGACCUCUAUCUUGCAAAACAAUCCUCUUAUUUUUUACUUCAUUAAUGUAAUUUAAUUUGUCACUUGUAAGAUGAAACCUUACUUGAGAUGUAAACUAGACAAUGGGGAAAACACUUGAGGCUUCUGCUGUAUGUACUCUUUGUUACCCAGUAACUUGAAUACUGUUUAAUAUGUUGUAAGACAUUUGUAGAGUUUAUCUGGAGCUGUUUAAAAUGGUAAUGUACAAAUGUGAAUAGUCACUUAUCUAUAAUAUGGGUAAGUUUUGUUUUGCCUAUAAUAGUAAAUGUUUAUAACAAGUGAGGGACAAUGUUUGUCUUUUUUUUCCUUUUUUUUUCUUUUUUUUCUUUUUUUCUUUUUUUUUGCUUGCACAGGUUGCACUAUUAAACUUUGAGAUUGUAUAAACCUGUCCAGAAAGCUGCAAGACACCAAAAUCUUGUAGAUGUCAAAUAAAAGUUAUUGUACUAACAAGAAGUGGACUCUUGCUUAGGCAGUCAUCCCCUUUAGCAUCAGUUUUUUCACUUUGGGCAUCCUACAGAAAUGUGUGUUGCCUCAGCACUCUGUUUAGCUUUCUGUUCCAGUGUGAGUAAGCUCUUCCCACCUUAACGUGGUGAUAGAUGGUAGCACUGACCCGUGCUUGAACAGAGUCAGUUUCCACAUUGUGUCUUUUAUAGUCUUCAGGCAUUGACCAGGAAGUGGAGAAUUUCUGUCUCAGUAUAAAUAGUUAAGUGCUUCCUGGUGGAAACUGAGUGCAGCCAUCUCUUAUGGUGCCUGGUGUAUUUUCUUUAAGCACAUACUUGGUUACUUGGACCUUUCAUCUGAGUUUCCUUAACAUGCCUCCUAAAUGGUAUUAAAUCAAGAAGAAUAAUCUGUCCUCUCUUGUUCGCUCAUUUCUCUGGUUGAAGGAGUCUCUGCAUUUAUGUAUCUCUUGGAGCUCAAGGACCUGUUGCUGUGCCUCAAAUUAGACAGCAGAGAACAAGAUGGCCCCAUAGGGUGUGAGUACAGGACAUAUGAUGGGCCCCAGGGUGAUUGGACAUAGAUUCUGAAAUCACACAAGUCUUUCCAAUGGAAAGAGGUUGUGAGAGAGAAUAGGCCUCGGUUGGCUACUGGCCACAUUUGCAGACUUACUUGCUUUUUGAUGGUGGUUUUUAAGUAGAUCGCGUUUUCCUUAAAGCAGCACUAGAAGAGUUUUUCAGUAUGCAGUAAAUAACACUAUAGUUGAUGUAUUUCAGUUUACUCUUGGAGUAGUUAAUCUUGCUGCAAAGGGACGUGAUUUGUGACAGUGUUUUCAUUUCUCUGUAGAAUGGGACGUGUGUAUGUACAUAAACAUAUACAUGUAUGUGUAUGUGUAUUUAUGGUGUCUUUGUGUGUGUACACAUAUGCACACACCUAUUUUAAAUGACCAAAAUAGUCCCCUGAAAAUGUCAGAGUAGUAUGUGUAAGAUGGCCUGACUUCUUAGUGAGUGAUGCUGGAGGUUCCAUAUUUGAACCCUUCUCAUUGUGGAAGUGUGCAAAACAGAAAAUCUACUGUGAUGGUAACCUAUUCAGGGAGAUCAACUUCCAAGAGGUGGGGAGGUAGGAUCCUAGAGUUUAAAAAGCCCCCUUGCUAAGAUUUGAUUUCCAAACUCCUUAAGUUAAUCUGUUUGAGGCCCUAGCCAAAGCAGCCUAGCCUAGGAUCAUUUGUUUUAGUCUCACAUUUUUAAACUAGACUUAAUUUUUAACCUGAUUGGCCUUUUCACCAGCAUAUUGAACUUUGAAAUGUUCAUGUUUUUAAAAAGCAUUUAUGGUUUAGGGUGUGUUGAAGAGUCACUGCUUCCAUGUUUUGGAAUUCCAGACCAUAGCCCUGUGCAAAAAUAAUUUUUAGAGUCUUUCCCUAAAUUUCCUCAUUGCCAGGGAGGUCUCUGUAAUUUCGUAGUCAGAAUAGCCAAAUAUGUCAGCCAGUGAUUGAUAUUUAUAAGGAUAUUAGCAAAGUACCUCUAACAAAAACACUCCUUUGUUUUCCCCUUUACAACUUUAGCCAAUCGUAGAUUGUUUAAUUUUCCAAGUAACUUUAUCCAGCUCCAGGGAUAAGCUCUCUAGACUCAACAUUACUUCACAACCGCUGUUUGAAGACCAGUAACUUUGGGACUAAAGAAGGCCCCUGCCUUUAAAUUAUACAGUAGGUGGUGAUGAUGGGAAGCAAUUGCCAGGAGACUAAUAGGCUUCCCAGCCCAACCAUCCUCCUCUUAGAUCAAGAACAUGUAUCAGGGCAGGCCGAGUUAGAAGAUUCCAAUUGAUAGGCUCAGGAUAGUGAAAGGACAAGUCUUCUCUAUCCUUGAUUCUUACUUUGGUCUUUUGGCAGGCAGGCUGGAGAGCUGCCACCCUAGUAAGGCACAGAACCCAUCCGUACAGAGGUGUUAAGCUUGGCAGGGAGAGAGGCCAGAAUCCUGAGGGCCUUCCAGAUAAAGCUUUCCUUCUGUCUUCCUUGCUAGAAAGAUGGAGGCUAGAAAAUAGGAGCAAAAAUGGAUGUAAGUUGGAGAUUCUGUGAAUUACGUUAUUGUAGAUUCUCACACUAGAAAAGCAAUUAUUGUUAUGCCACCGGGGUGUCAAGUAUCGACUUUGAUCUUCCUCUACCCUCUGGUCACCUGAAGCCCUGCAGGCCAACUGCUCAAACAGCUAAAACUUGAAAAAGCUACCAGACCUCUGGUCAGAAUACAGUGUUUUUUACGGGCACAUAAAUGAAGGAAACUUUUAUCUAUAAACAUGCAGCUCAAGUUAGUGAUGCCUUUCUUGAGUACUGACCCUUCCAUCCUACCCUCUACUAGACGUGUACAGAACUCUGUAUAUAGACAUGUUGAAAGUGACUGAGUUGAGGAAUGUAAAUAUGUUUUGUAAAUGGAGACAUUUUCCCCUCCUGGUUUUGAUUUCCCUCUUUCCUUUCCCCCUUCGUCCUAUUUAUUCACUUACUGUACUACAGGGCAUGGGAAUUUUUUUAAUCUAGAAAAAUGUGAGAUAGUCUUAGCCGAAUUUCCCCGUUUACUUUUCUGGUUUCUGUUCUGCAUCCUUACUAUAGAACUUCAGCUGUUUUUGUGUCUUAAUAUUUUUAAACAUGCCUGUUUUGCAUUUUUGUUCCAAAAUUUAUACUGUGCAAUGCAUUGGGGGCUGGGGGGGGGUGGACUCGUGCAAUUUCUGAUACUGUCAUGGUGUGACUAUUUAUGCUCCUUUAUGUUGAUCUUUUGACACCAUUAUAAGCUUUGGUUCACUCUUACAAGACUUCAUUUAAACUCCUCCCAUCUUCAGUGCAUUUUGGGGUGUUCAGACUGCAAGUUAGGCUUAUUCCUCCAACCCUUGCACUUAAGAGCCUGGAUUCCGUUUUUAUACAUCCCUCAUGUGCAGCAAUUGUAGAGAAAAGUUGCUGAGUUUCAAACCACGCGUGGUCCUUUUGUCAUUACCAUCCUCUUCUGUUUCUUUAGGAAGCCUCCAGUUAACACUUUAAACCCUGUGAGCAGUAGGCAGAAAUUUGUGGUCACCUUUUGUCUGUUUGUGUAUGUAGACAUAUGUUCAUUUUUAGAGUUGAGCUGACAGUAAAGUUUUGGGUUUUUAAGAGGCCAAGGACCCAUGGCCUGUUGUAUGUAGUAUAUUCUUGUGCUAUACAUACCAGAGAGGAGCCUUAAAUUCAUGAUCUUACAGGGAUUGGUGUAAUGAAGAAUAGAAUAGUAAGCCGUUUGAGACUGGGUUAGGCAUUUCACCUAAUGGACCUAGGAACAAAUUUAUAACUAUUGGGAGCAGAAAUGGAGACAGCAUCACCAACCCCCAAAAAGCUAAAAUUGGGUCUUUGGUUUUUGACAUUUUAGAAUCCUUGAGAGAGAAGCAAUGUAUCAUUGUUUGGUCUUCCAUAGCAAAGGUUGCCACUGAGCAAGGGUGAGUUCAGGCAAUGUGAGAUGUAGCAAACCCCCUCAGUGUAACUGCUAACCUAGAUCUUGUACUGGGGGAAUUGGGAGGAGAUGGAAAAAAUCACUACCUUGGAAGUAAAACAAGCCUGGUUACCUACACAACUCUUUUCCUGGAAAGUAAAUAAGUUUAGCUGUUCUUUGAUCAUGUGUAACUAGUGAAGGCUUUUGUUCAUGGCUGGAUUUUAAGUACAGCAUCGAGUUACAGGUAGCUUUCCUAAAUUCCGUCAGAGUCGGGAAGUCUCUUGUGAUAUUUAGGAAAGCUACCUGUUUUAACAAGUUUGGGCUACUCUGUUUAUUUGAUAAAAUCAUUUUACAAAUACCUCUGGUGCCUGACCUUGUUUAAACACAUCUUCCUGCUCCCUGUCUUUCUUUCUUCCACCUACAGUAAAGUUGAAAACUUGUAUCUGUAGCAUCAUAAAUGACAUUGGUGGCAUUGUCUGACACCACCACCUAUGGCACACUCUCUACCUUAACUGCAGAAUCAAACAAAGAGGAGAUUUUUACAGUGAGAAAAGAGAUCACCAUUUGAGUUAUAGAGAAGAGUGGGCAGGGCAGGGGUCCUCACAUUUAUCGGAUGGGCCCAAAUUCAGGAGAGCCUGCAGCCCAGGGAGCCCUUAACUCCUAAACUUCUGGUGCAGAUGUGAAGUGCCCUGAGGCCUCUGAGGCCCCUGCUUGCCCCCGGGGAAACCUUUCUAGCCAAAUGCACCCUGGGGGGCAAUGGAGGGGGCAGCACUUUUUUUUGAUAGUAUUCUGGCACUGAAGAAGAAGCUUAAACUAUCAAUAUUUUAUCUUUCCAAACUUGGCUUUUCUAGGCAGAGAACUUUUCAUGAGGUACGUCAGAGUCUAACUGUUGUGAGAAAAAACAUCCAUCUUAUUGGUUUAUAAUGAAAUUGCUAAACCACUGCAACUUCUCAAUGACCACUUGUAUCUACCAUCAGCUACGAGAGGUGGGAAAGAGGUACAUCAUAUAUCCCUGCAAUAAGCCUUGCCAUGGCUCUACCUCUGAGCAAAGGAUCCUUCUCUACAAAGGCACAGAGCCUCCUCAUGAUUCCAAAAUGGUGCAUCUUGAGAUGGUGGGAUGGAUUCCAAAGAUGACUUUCCAACCAAGGCAGAUUGUGAAUUUUGCUGACUUGUUGAUUUGGUGGUUUGUUGUUAUUUUUUUUAAUCACCCUUUUUAUAUUUCUAAUCUGUUUUCAGGAUCUGUCAUGUAAAGAAUUUUCACUGUCUUGGUAAUGCUGCACUGCUCCAUGCAACUUUCUCAUGGUGAAGCAGUUCUCUGAGUGUCCAGAAUCUGCUUGUUCGUACCAUUUUGAUUUUUAACUUGACAAAAUUGGAAUCUCAUGCAAUAAAAAAAAUGUACUGGAUGCAUUUAGCAGAGUUUAUACUUGUAACAUGAAAAAGAUCAACAGUGGGACAUUACAGAAAUCUGUAUUUAGUUUUUUGUUGGGGGCUUUUUUGUUUUGGGGGGUUUUUUUGUAAAAUUAUUAAAUUAAACUGGCUAAUA